ACUUCUCUCUCUCUCCUUCUUUCUCUCUCUAAAGCAAAUUCCCCAUCAGCAUCUUUGACUCUUGAAGCCCUGAUCAUAAUAUAAUAGUCCAAAGCUAGUUUUGCAAAUCAAUGGCGAUCUUGGCUCCAAUAUUUCAUCUGCUUUCUGCUCUUGUUGUAAUUCUACUGUCUUGGCCUUUGACACCAAUUACAAAUGCAAACGUAGAAGGAGAUGCUCUUUACGCAUUAAGAAGGGCAAUGAAGGACCCAAAUAACGUUUUGGAGAGCUGGGAUCCAACUUUGGUUGAUCCUUGUACUUGGUUCCAUGUUACCUGUGAUUCUGAUAACCGUGUUACCCGACUAGACCUUGGAAAUACAAAUCUGUCUGGCAGUCUGGUGCCUGACUUGGGGAAGCUUGAGCGCCUUCAGUAUCUGGAAUUGUACAUGAACAACUUAGUGGGUCCUGUACCAAAGGAACUUGGAGGAUUGAAGAGCCUCGUUAGCUUGGAUCUUUAUCACAAUAACCUCACUGGCAACAUCCCUCCUUCCCUCUCCAAACUCUCAAAUCUCAAAUUUUUGCGACUGAAUGGCAAUAGAUUGAGUGGAAGGAUUCCCAGGGAACUUACUAAACUUGGAAAUCUCAAGAUCCUUGACGUGUCGAACAACGAUUUGUAUGGUACAAUUCCAACCAUCGGCUCCUUCACUAAGUUAUCAGAAGAAAGUUUCAAGAAUAACCCAAGACUGGAAGGACCAGAACUGAUGGGAUUUGUGAGAUAUGAAAUUGGAGGAAACCGUAAAUGAUGUGCUUAAAAGCAACAAGGGGCAACAAAGCGUUGCUAAUUAUUACAUCUAUCUAAAAGGUCCUUUUUUAAGGAAAGGCUUUAUGGGUUUACUUUUUAGGGGGAAAAAAGAAAAUUAAAAGUUACGUAGCAAAUCACUUAUAAAAGACGAAUUACCCAGCAAAUCAAAUCAGGAUCAGUCAUGUUAGUAAGAACAGUGAAAUCAUCUGCAUGUUCGCAAUCAAUCGUCAACCACUUUAGAAGGCAUUUUUCGAAACAGUUGUUGCUGCGGAGAUACGGUCGUUUUCAGGAUAGUGUAUUUUUAUACAUACGUAAAAUAAAGCCAUCGAAAGAUUUGAAUGAUCCUCUUUAAUAUCAAUGUAACAACUAGAUUCUAGUACAAAAACAGUUGUGUGAAGCUGAUCUGUCUCCUCUUGGUUUUUUUUUUCUUUUUUUUUUUUUUCUUUUUCCCUUGCUAUAGCAAUUUUUAUCUUGUUACUUAUUAAUAAAGAAGGGGUGUGAAGAAA